UCGCCAGGUUUAUUCGUUGUUUUGUCAAAGAGAGAUACGGCAGUUAUAGUUGAUUUAAGUUUCACUUCCCGAGCCAUGUCACUCGUCCUAGGCCUCGUUUGCAUCUUUGGCUCAGUGGUCGCUCUGGUAACUCCCUGCUGCUUUCCCGACCAGGCAUCGUUCGAUUGGAAGUUGGAAUCCAAUUCGACUUUCAAUAACAAAGACAACACGUACCCGUUUAAGGCUUCAGGAAGCCUUGCGUUUGAUUUCAAGAACCAAUUGUUCGCCAUACAAUUGGGGGACAGCGAAAAGUAUGUGCUCAACUUGGGGAAGAAACUCAGCUCUUCUAUCAAACAAGAGGUUCGCAAGGGGAAAACGAGGGGGGAAAGCUGCAUUGGUACGAGUACCAGCGGAAGUGCUGGAACGCCGUGGAAAUGCGUCUUAGACAAUACAAACAUUUUCAUCGAGAUUGAAGGAGAGGCUGGUUAUCUUCUUUUUAUCCCCGGGUUGAUGUAUGGGCCAGUCACCAUGCAGAAGGACGUGUGCAUCCCCCAGUCGGGCGAUUUUGAAAUAACGAUCAAUAUUGGAAGCCGUUACACAAUGACCAUGACCGUCAAAGUUGAAGUCAGCAAUGUGAGUGAGAAGGUCGAUCCCUCCAUCUUUAAGGCACCUUGUGAACCUGAUCCGGCCAGAUUCAAUCCAUCCGACUCUCUUGAGAUUUUAACGCCGGAUGAGUUGGUUCAGUUGGCUCUCUCUCUAUUCAACACUCCCGCGUUUACCACUCCCGCGUUUACCACUCCAACAUAUACAGGAACCUACGACCCCAGUGGUAACCCUAGUUUUGAUACUACCACAACUCAAACACCCGAGACAGAGUCUGAUGAGGUUGAAGUUGAACAAGAAAAUAAUGAGGACGGCGAAGAUGAAGUAGAAGACGACGACGAUGUAGAAACCGAAAACGAAAACGACGAGGAUGACGAGGAGGAUGAAUAGGAAAACAUAGACGAAGAAGACGGAGAGGCCGAUUCAACUAAAACCUCUGAUGAAACUCGGAGACGAAGGUGUCUAUCGUACCUGGAGCAAUCACAAAUCUGCUAUAUAGAGGAGUCGUUGACAGAAGUGUCUGCCCAACGAGUCGUACAGCAAUUACUUCCUUGACUGUCCGAAGUGUCCUGAACCCAUAAGGAAACAGUACGACACAUAAGCCAUGAUUCUGAUAUUACGAUAGUCUGUCCCAGAGCAAUUUUUACAUGUAUAAGGCUGAUCGGUUAUUUAUGUUAUCCUCAAUCUGUCACAGAACUUCAUAUUAGAAAGCAAGCCUUUUUAAGUGUAUACCUUCAUUCAGCAGCCGCCCAAUAACUGUUCAUGUAUUCGUAUUGUCCUUGCACCUGCGUCAUCUUGUUCAUACACUGUAUUGUAACUUUGUGUGUUGAAAGCUAUAAUAGGGUGGAUUACUAUCCCAUUCAAUAGGCAGGAACAUAAAAUUGACUUGCAUCAAAGAUUCUGUUAGCCUUGUUUCAAGUCGUAUAUAUACUACAGUAUACAAAAACCUUGAUUUCUUAGUCUUGUUUCAAGUCGUAUACUACAGUAUACAAAACCCUUGAUUUCAGCGUUAAUGAUUCGUUCACGUUGUUACUAUCUGCCAAUGUUGUACGGUUUACCAUGGCGAAGUACGGCCGGAGUUCAUCACAGGGCAGGGUGUGAAUAUGCCGUUCAGGAUGUUCCUGUUUAUGAUCAUACCUGUUGGUGGCGCAUUUGGUAAGAUCAUACAAGCCAAGUAUCGCAUCUGUCUUUCUUGGAGCAUAAAACCAAUGCCCCUCAAAUGGUCUUUUUGUCAAAGGGAAUACCAGGUCUUUUUUGAAGAAGUACUUUUUCCACGUGGUAUCGAAGUCGUAAAUGAACUCUUUGUCUUCUUUGUAGAAACUGAUGUCUAUGUAAGGAAAACGAAACUCCCGGUUCGGUAUUAUUGAAUCGUUGGUCCUAUAGAACUUCAGUCUCUUGUUGAUGUAGUAGACUGUGUAAUUAGAUCCUAAUCGCUGUAAAGCCUUUAUGGCCCGUCUUCUCUCGGCAUAGGGAAUAAACACAUCCACAUCAUCGUCCCAGGGCACGAAUCCGUGGUAUCUAUAUGACCCUAAAAGAGUCCCUCCAUACAGCAUGUAGGUCACGUAACUCUUCACACAUGUAUCGUGGAAUAAUUUGAGAAGGAAUAUGAAUGUAUCUCGAUCUUUCGUCUCCAAUUUUCUCUUGAAAUGUUUCAUCGAUCCACCUUUAAUUUCCUGAUCGUAAUUCUUCGCCGUCGGCAGUUUUGGUUCGUCACGUGACCGGAAGUGCAAGCUUGACACGGCAUCCUGGAUGACUUGCGUGGACGAAAGAUACUGCUCGCUGCUGGCUGAUA